CAGCAUAUCUGCAUAAUGUCAACUGAUCUGAGAGACUUUGUUCCGAAAAAUAAUUUACCCUUGGGAAUUGAUGUCCAUCAAAAUCGCAUUUUUAUUACAACACCUCGUUGGAAAGGUGGCGUGCCUGCAUCUUUAGGUACUAUCCCGUUUCCUUCAAGUGAGUUAAGUCCUGCAAUACGACCAUAUCCAAACUGGAAAGCUCAUGGAAACCCAAAUAAUCCUGACUGCUCAAAACUUAUGUCAGUUUAUCGCACAGCUGUAGAUAGAUGCCAUAGAAUUUGGUUAAUUGAUUCUGGUAUUGUCAAUGCCACAAUUAAUUUAAAUCAGAUAUGCCCACCAAAGAUUGUUGUAUAUGACCUUAAAACUGACAAAGAGAUUGUUCACCACGAUUUGAAAGCUUCUCUAAUAAAACAAGAGUCUUUGCUAUCUAAUAUUGUUGUGGAUAUUGGAGAUGAUUGUUACAAUGCCCAUGCAAUUGUAUCGGAUGUAUGGAGAUUCGGUUUGGUUGUUUAUAGCCUAUCAAAAAACAAAAGCUGGCGUGUAACAAAUUUUAAUUUUUAUCCGAAUCCAAUUGCAUCAGACUUUAACGUGUACGGAUUAAACUUUCAAUGGCUAGAUGGUGUUUUUGGUAUGAGUAUAUCUAACAACAAGAAAAGUAUGCAACGCGUUCUUUAUUUUCAUCCAAUGGCAAGUUUUAAGGAGUUUAUGGUUCCAAUGGAUCUGCUAUUAAACGAAUCUCUAUGGAAAACGAAUAAUCAAGAAAACGCAAAGUAUUUCUUAUCCAUUGGAGAUCGUGGUUAUAAUAGUCAGUCAUCUACUUCGGGAGUUACAAGGAAUGGAAUUAUGUUUUUUACACAAGUUCAUCAAGAUAAUAUUGGAUGCUGGGAUACAUCAAAACCGUACACCCGAGCGCAUUUGGGAAAAAUUCUUGAGGUGGAAAACAGUUCA